AUGGAAGCUUCGAAGAAGAUGCCUGAGACUGGAUCAGAAGAAUCAAGAUCAAUCAUCGACUUGACUCAAUCAGAUAACGAAGACAUUAAAAAAUUGGAGAAAAGUUGCAUUGAAGUGCAUAACAACGAGGGAGAAGCAACAAAUGGCGAAGAGACUCCUUGGGAUGAUGAAACUAAAGGUCAUCAAGAAGUUAAUGAAGUUAUAACUGUGGGUGGAGUUGUUGUGUCUGAUAAAAGUGAGGUGGUGUCCACUGGAGAAGAUGGUGGUGAUGUCAUGAAGAAAGAUAAGAAAAGGGCAGAAUGCAGUGGGGAUAAAGGUGGUGUUGUUGGUGGUGAACCACCGGAGAAGAAACAUAAUUUUAAGUUCAGAUGUGUUGGUGGUGGUGAUGGCGGUGGUGGCGAUGGCGGCAGUGAUGCUGUUGGUGGUGGUGAUGGUGGUGGUGGCAGUGAUGCUGUUGAUGGUGAACCACCAGUCCAGCAGCCAUAG